CACUCUCACUCUCACUCUCUCUCUCUCUCUGGUUCUCCCCCUAUCCUAUUGGCUAUCACUCCUCCUAUUGGCUGUGACGGGUUUGUUUGAAAAACAGAAGAAAGGACCCAAUUGGUUGGAGGAAUUUACCUCGAGAGACAUCAGUGAAAGUGAAAGGGGCAGAGUUUUAUGAAUGCUAUCAAAUGGACCAUGAAACCUCGUCAGUUAUUUUCCCUUCAAAAGAACCCGCUCCCCCAACUACUUUACCGUCCCUUUAAACGCUUCAUCCAAACCUCACCUGAGUAUUCCUUUGACCAAAACACCACACCCAAGUCACACUUAAUUGAAAAAAGCAACAACUUCAAACCCACCACGUCCAUUUCCUACUCAAAGCUGCUAUCAAACUGCUGCCAAACCAAGUCUCUUAUUACAGGUCUACAAUCCCAUGCCCGCAUUACCCGGAUCGGGUUAUCAAACGACACGAACCUGCGAAACCAUUUGGUUAAUUUGUACUCCAAGUGUGGGGCUUUUGGGUAUGCACGUAAACUGAUCGACGAAUGUCCUGAACCAGAUUUGGUCUCUUGUUCUGCUUUGGUAUCUGGGUAUGCUCGGAAUGGGUUUGGCGAGGAAGCCCUAUUGGCUUUCCGCGAAAUGCACUUGUUGGGUCUUCGGUGUAAUGAGUUCACUCUCCCGAGCGUGCUCAAGGCAUGCUCAAUCAUAAAGGGUUUGAUGCUAGGGAAGCAAGUUCAUGGGCUUGUGAUGGUAACAGGGUUCGAGUCGGAUGUUUUCGUCGCGAAUACUUUGGUUGUGAUGUAUGCGAAAUGUGGUGCACUAGAGGAUUCAAGGAGAUUGUUCGAUUUGAUGCCGGAAAGAAACGUUGUUUCUUGGAACGCAUUGUUUUCUUGUUACGUGCAGAGUGAUAUAUUUGAGGAAGCAUUGGGUUUGUUUCGAGAAAUGAUCUUAAGUGGAAUAAGACCAGAUGAGUAUAGUUUGUCAUGUAUAUUGAAUGCUUGUACAGGGAUGGGGGAUAUCAAUCAAGGGAAAAGAAUUCAUGGGGAUUUGAUAAAAUGGGGGUAUGAUUCUGAUCCAUUCUCUGCAAAUGCACUUGUUGACAUGUAUGCAAAAGGUGGAGAUCUUCAAGACUCAAUGGCUGUUUUUGAAGGAAUUGGAAAGCCUGAUAUUGUCAGUUGGAAUGCUAUUAUUGCUGGUUGUGUUCUUCAUGAGUACCAUGAUUGGGCUUUAAAAUUCUUUAGGCGAAUGAAAAAUUCAGGAACUUGCCCAAAUAUGUUCACCUUGUCGAGCGCUCUAAAAGCCUGUGCUGGAUUAGGACUCGAAAAGUUGGGUAGACAGUUGCACUUAGUUUUGCUAAAUAUGAAUAUUAAAUCGGAUCUAUUUGUGAGUGUUGGCCUUAUCGACAUGUAUUGCAAAUCUGGUUUGUUGGAGGAAGCAAAGGCGGUUAAUUGGCUGAUGCCACAAAAGGACUUGGUAGCAUUGAAUGCCAUGAUAUCUGGACUGUCACAAAACGGGGAAGAGAUAGAAGCUCUUUACCUUUGUAGUGAUAUGUAUAAGGAAGGAAUAGGAUUGAACGAGACAACUGUGUGUGCAAUCCUCAACUCCACAGCUAGCUUGCGAGCUGUCAACAUUUGCAAACAAGUUCAUGCACUUUCUGUAAAAUCAGGUCUUCAAUCUGACGUCUAUGUUUCAAACAGCCUCAUUGAUUCGUACGGGAAGUGUGAAAAUGUAGAAGACGCAUAUAAAGUUUUUGAAGAGUGCCCAUUUGGUGAUUUGGCAUCUUUUACUUCGAUGAUUGCAUCUUAUGCUCAAUGUGGAAAAGGAGAAGAAGCUCUAAAGCUUUAUAUCAGGAUGCAAGAUAUGGAGCUUAAGCCAGAUCCAUUUGUUUGUAGCUCCAUUCUUAAUGCCUGUGCUAAUCUAUCUGCUUAUGAACAAGGGAAACAAAUUCAUGUCCACAUCUUAAAAUUCGGAUUCAUGUCAGAUGGUUUUGCGGGAAAUUCUCUUGUCAAUAUGUAUGCCAAGUGUGGAAGUGUAGAUGAUGCUGGUCGAGCUUUUUCAGAGAUACGCGAUAGAGGCAUUGUCUUGUGGUCUGCUAUGAUUGGUGGACUCGCUCAACAUGGGCAUGGAAAAGAAGCUCUCAAUUUGUUCACUGAGAUGCUUAAAAAUGGCAUCUCCCCAAAUCAUGUAACUUUAGUUAGUGUCCUCUAUGCAUGCAAUCAUGCUGGCUUGGUAACCGAAGCAAAAAAAUACUUCGAGUCAAUGAAAGAGUCGUUUGGGAUUGAACAAACGCAAGAGCAUUAUGCUUGCAUGAUUGAUCUACUUGGUCGAGCUGGAAAAUUGGACGAGGCAAUGGAUCUUGUGAAUAAGAUGCCAUUUGAAGCCAAUGCUUCUGUUUGGGGGGCUUUACUUGGUGCGGCGAGGAUUCAUAAAAAUGUUGAGCUUGGUCGACGUGCUUCUGAGAUGCUUUUCACACUCCAACCAGAAAAAUCCGGCACUCAUGUUCUUUUGGCAAAUAUUUAUGCAUCGAAUGGAAUGUGGGAACACGUGGCAAAGGUGAGAAGACGUAUGAAAGAGAGCAAUGUGAAAAAGGAACCAGGGAUAAGUUGGAUGGAGGUGAGAGACAAAGUACACACGUUUAUUGUCGGAGAUAGGAGCCAUUCUAGAAGUGGAGAGAUAUAUGCAAAGCUUGAUGAGCUGAGGGAUCUGAUGAAUAAAGCUGGGUAUGUUCCUAUGGUAGAGAUUGACCUCCACGAUGUUGAAGAAAGUGAGAAGGAGCUUCUUCUUUUUCACCACAGUGAGAAACUUGCUGUGGCUUUUGGGCUAAUUGCCACUCCGCCAGGAGCUCCCAUUAGGAUUAAGAAGAAUCUUCGAGUCUGCUUGGAUUGCCAUACCACAUUCAAGUUCAUUUGUAAAAUUGUUUCGAGGGAAAUUGUCGUUAGGGACGUAAAUCGGUUCCACCAUUUCAGAGAUGGCUCAUGUUCUUGUGGGGAUUAUUGGUAGGAUUUGUGUUUUUGAUUGAAUUUCCAAAACCAGAUGCUGAAAACACAUCAAGGAGCCAAGGUUGAUAUCAUUGAUAGGUUGCCGACGCCAUGUGGAUUAGUCCGCUCCAGUGUGGCAUUGGAUCAUCCCAAAACCAAGGUUUUCAAAAUCAUCAUAUUUGCAUAAAAGUUUGUGAAGUUGAUUGUAGCUGACUGUUGAUGAAUUACCUUUAUUUCUGUAGUUCUUAAUGAAUUCAUGUAGUGCUCUUAAUUGAGCUUAGUUUACCAAAAAACUUGCAACAGUUUGUGACCAGCCAGUUUUCUCAGGUUGCUCAAACCGGACGAUGCUCCUUCACUGGAAAUGGGUCACUUGGGUCUUCUGUAUCUUUGUCUGAGCUCAGGGAGAUAUAUGAUGUGGUUGUGCUUGCCUAUGGAGCUGAAAGUGAUCGAGUUCUUAGUAUUCCUGGAGAAGAUUUGUCAGGGAUACACUUGGGCGGAGAAUUUGUUUGGUGGUAUAAUGGGCACCCUUACUACAGACAUUUUGCUCUAGACCUGAAGAGCUCUGAUGCAGCAGUUAUUCUCGGUCAGGUUAUUCUCCUUCAUCAUCAAUCUGCAUAAUGAUAUACAGAAACACCGAAAGGAAUUGUAAGAACAGAGGCAAUACGAAGUUACGUGUUGAGCUUUAACAGAGAAUUAGACCCAAGAUGAAAUGUAGCAGGGAAAUAGGUCUUAGGUAACUCUUGAGUGAUAUGAACAAUCAUUUGUUGGUUUCAACUUGGAAAUAACGAUUGGAAAUACCUCUUAUUGAUGACAAAAAGUAAGGAGAAAUUCCCCUAUUAUUAUUUUGGUUAUAUGUCUCUAGCAAGGAGUUGUACCUAUACAAGAUAAGUUGAGAGAAAAUAGAUUAAGGUGGUUUGGACCUAUUUACCGUAGAC